ACAACAAAGCAAUACUAUUUUUAUAUUUUUCUUCUGCUUAAUUUCUCUCCCUUUCAGUUAUUAAUUUUCGAUUUUCCGUUACAGAAUAUAUAUGGGUGACAACUUCUUUUAUUCUUUUUGGCGCCAUUGGUGUGUGUUGUUUAUAAAGCUUCAAAACACCAUUUUUCCCUUCAAUUCGUUUUUAUAUCACAUACAUGAACCAAAAUAAUGACCCCUCCACUGGCGAAUUUAGUGCUGAACGUGGAUCAGGAGUAGAGGAAAUACUCUCGACGCCAGAUAAAUUGACGGGCAGCAUUUGGUUAUGGACCGGAUGCUCCUACGAUUCCUUUUUCAAUUUCACUUUCACUUGUGAAACCGGGGACUGCGGGGCUGGUGUCGAUUGCCAAGGCCCAUCCUCUACGUACCCCCCGGUUGGCGGGACCUCGGUAGGCGGUUCUAGACCGUGCCCUGUGGCGGACUGUGCUAGGAACAUCGGUGAUGUGUGCCCUGCACCGUUGGUGGCCACGAACAAGAACGGGGCUUAUGUUGGGUGCAACAGUGCAUGUGAUGCAUUGAAGGAUCCCCAGUCUUGUUGUACCGGAGACUUUGCUGAAGCCGCUUGUCAGCCUAAUGAUUACUCGAAAAGAUUCAAGGAUCUGUGCAACAUGGCUCAUACAUAUCCCGGUGAUAGCAAUCCUCCGGUGUACAAAUGUAGCGGUGCAACUAGUUAUACCAUAAGAUUUUGUCCAUAAUAGACACAUCAUAUGUAAUGCCAUCUCCUCUUUUUGGCCGUUGUUUUCAUUCUUUUCAGUUAGAAUGUAAGUACCAAUAGGAGAAGAAUAAGGAGAAAGAAAGAGUAAAAUGAAAGAUAGUUCAUUUU